UACUACUCUUUAGUACUUUACUAUUUCAUGAGCAUUCAUGAGUAAGGCAUGUAAAAAGCUAAAAAGUGACGCCAAGUGAUAAAUUUGAUUAGUAAACAGAAGUGAUGGAUUACAUUUAAAAAAAAAAAUUAUAUGUAUUAAUAGUGUUAUUGUAUAUUGUCAACUUUAGGCUAAUGAUAUAUUAUAACCUUAUAUAAAAGAAGUCACUCUUUAUAUAUAUAUAUAUAUAUAGGUAAGAAUGUUUUAUGAAUGAAGUAUAUUACAAAACGUCGCAAUCUCUCUCAGUUAAACAUCAUUUUAUGAAGGAGGAUUAUUUUGAACAACAAUGGAGAAUCUUAACAAUGAAAUUCGUAACCUAAUUUCAUCUUCUGGACAUUCUUGUUCCAAGGCAGUACUUGAAAUGGUAUCCCAGCAGAAACAACAAUCUGAUGUUUCUACAAAUUCCCGUUUGUAUACCUUAAGAACCAGAUUUAACAGCUUUAAUAUGGGAAAACUAUCAAAAACCAACAAUGUAAGAGCUAUGCAUGAACUACUGUGUAAACCAGUUUCUGUAAAGAUAAAAAAAUUACCAGAGUUGGAAUUAAACAAAACAUCUAAAAUAAGGCAUAAAAUACAGAAAAACAAAAUAAAGCAAAUUAAUAAAAUGACAAAAGGAAAAGCAAAAUUUAAGCAAAAUCAGGUUGUAAGUCAGCUGCAUGGAAAUAAGAAUGUUCAACCCCAACCUGUGUCAGCUUGUGAAACAGUAACAUCUAAUAAUCAUAAUUCAAGCUCAGAGGAUUUAUUAAACAGUAUUAAACAGCCAUAUAUAAAAUUACAUAGAAUCGAUGAAGUAAUUAAUAAAAUAGCACAGACAUUUGCAAAAGUAAUUCCAAAUAAAGAAUAUAAUACAAAUGUACAUGAAGGUCAUAUAAAAAAAACUCAAACUGAAAUAAAUGGAAAACCAUCAAACAUUGAUAUAGAUGAAUGUCUUGAAAAGAAUAACUCUGAAACUACAACAUCUAAUCCAGAUUUAGAUGAUACUUUGCAACCAAAUCAUAAUGACACAUCUGAUUCUGAGACUGAUAUUAAUAAAAAUGCUAGUAAUAGAACUUUUAGAAGAAAACGUAAAAUUUUCUGUGACGACGACGACGAUGAUGAUGAGAGUGAUAAUGUAUAUAAAGUAUCUUCAGGAAAUACAAAAACAUUAAAGUUAAAUAUAUCAGAGAAAGAAACAAAAGAUUGUGUAGCUAAUAAAGAAGUUAAUGCUGUUAACAUCAGGCCAGUAUCGGUAACAAAACCACUUCAAAAGUUAAAUGUUUCUGAUAAAUUACAUAAUCCUUCAAAUGAACAAAAUUCUCGUUGUGGUAAUGUAAAUAAAAUGCAACAACAGGAUAAUGUUUCCACUUUUGUGCCUUCAAAUGUUAUACGGAGUACAGAAAGAAAUGUGUUUCAAACAUUAAAUAAUGAAGACAUUCAAAACCAAAUUGAAGAAUCAUUUAUUUCAGAUAAAGAUUUAAAAGCAAAAUAUAACUUGUUUAAAGAUUUAAGAGUUUGUUUGGUCAAGUUUGAUGAUAUAAAAUGCUCUACAGUUAAUAAAUACUUAGAUUUAGAAGAUGAAUUGCUAAUAAGAAAAUAUAUGAAUGAAUUAAACAAUUCUGGGUGUGCAAAUGUACAACGGUUCUUACUUGAUAAUGAGAUGGAAUUUGAAGAAGAAAAUGAAAAAAUAGAUAUUGUUGAAUUUAUGAAAGAUGCACCGAUCUUAAACUCAAACGUUUCUGAAGUUUUAGAGAAUACAAGAAUAAAACAGGAGUCAGAUUUAAAUAAUCAGGAAAUUUCUGAAGAAGUAUCUUCAGUAUAUUCUGCUGAAUCUACACCAUCUUCUCCAAUAAAAUCAGUCGCUAAAGCUUCUAAAUCGUCAGGUGUAAUAGAAAAUAUCAUUAAGGCAGGGCAAUCAGGAGAUAGAUUACAUAGUCCUAUGGUUAGUGAGGUAUAUUUUCCGAAUAAAGAAUUAUCAAUAACAUCGAUACGUCAAUGUAGUCCUAAGAAGACAAGUAAUAGUGUGAAAAUAAUGGAUUCAGAAAGUGUACAGACUAAUGCAUAUAACAUCACCUUUUCCAAAAAACCUGAAAAUAAUGAAAAAGUACUUAUCUCUGGAAGAAAGAUGUUUGUAACCAAAAUACAUGCUCAAACUGUAAAUAUCAUAAAUCCUAAAGUAAAUACGAAAAAGAAUAUUUCAGCUUGUCAUUCCACAAUUGUUAGUCCAUAUAAGCUUAGAAAACCUGUGGAUAAAGAAGAUAAUAACCAUGGUAUUAGUUAUAAAUGUAUUGUCUGUGAUUGUGUCUUUGAAAGUUAUUCUAUUUUGCAAAAUCAUUUGAUUAAACACAGACAAAAGCAAAAUAAUAUUCCAUCAAAUACACCAGAAGAAUCUAUUUCAGUUCAUUCUGAAAAUUCUGAGAAUCUUCAAAAAACAGUACCUUGUACUUCAGAAUUUAAAAAGACAGAAUCACUACAGCUUUGUGAGCAAAGUACUUCGCAAACAACGUCAUCAAGUAACGCUCAUGAAAGGAAUAAACCACAAACUAAAGGUACUUCAACGCAAGAUUUACAAAAGAAGAAAAAUUAUUUUUCAAAACAACGAUCUAAGUUUAUCGAUACGCUUUGGAAACCAAGCGAAUGUACUAUUUGUUCAAAAAUUUUUCCAACAGCAACUGAUUUAGCAGCUCAUAUUUUCUUGCACACAGAACAUGAAUUGCAAAAAGCUUAUGAAACUGCCAAACAAAAAAACAGCAACAAAGAUGAAGAAACAAAAAGUGAGAAAUCUAAACAGACUACAAAACAGUCAGAUAAUGACAAGAAGAUAAUGCUCACAACUGAAAAACCUUCAGAGGCUGUUAAUAAACAAGAAAAAUUACCAGUUGUACAGCAAUCUAGUGGAUCAUUAAGAACAAUUGUAUCGAUAGUAACAACAUCAACGACAGCAACAACAUCAACAAUAGCAACAACAUCAACGACAGCAACGACAUCAACAAUAGCAACAAUAGCAACAACAUCAACGACAGCAACAAUAGCAACAACAUCAACGACAGCAACAACAACAGUACCAUCAAGUACAACGAUAACUGUUACUGAUACUUUGAACAUAAAUAAGUCACCCGUUGCAAGCGGAAAUAGUUCUAAAGAAUUACAAUUGCCUUCGAUUAAAAGUAAAUUAAAAAAGAGGAAAGAAAAGAAAUCCUUUAAAAUAUGUAAUUGCCAUAAAGAGACAGAAAUUAAUAACAAUUGUUUGAAGAUUGAAAUAGUUCUACUUUGUCACACUUGUAAUGUACUAUUUAGAAGCAUGAACUGUUUUGACAACCAUUAUGAUCUUCCUGAAUAUGAAUUGUGUCGUGCAGAUCGUGCUCAUAGCAGUAGAACUCCAAAUUUAUUGUGUGUCACAUGUAGUAAAAUGUUUCCGUCAGUUCAAGAUGUACGUCGUCACUUAGAGAGUCAUGCCCGAGUUAAGCGAAAUUUUACAAUGGAUUUUCGAUGUAAAAUUUGUAAAGUUCUAUUUAUUGGAAUUGGAGCUCUUUUUUAUGUUCAUUGGUCAAAACAUCUGCAAGAUCCUUAUUGGAAAGCUGAUGAAACAACAUUUCCAAAAAAUUCAGUGGUACAUUCACAACCAAACCAGGAUGGAGACACUUCAAAUACAUCUAAAGAGAAUUUCAUUCAAGUAGCAGAAUACAUUUGCAAUAAAUGCAAAAUACCUUUUGUCACUGAAACUGACUUGAAAAUACAUAAUUUAAAAUGUGUGACAUCUAAUAAUAGCUGUAAUAGUAAUGCAGAGAGAUCUUUAGAAAUAGAAGUACAUUGUAGUUUAUGCAAUGAUGUUUUCACUGAAAAAUUAACAUUUUAUAGACACGUGAGAAACAAACAUAAUUUUAUCAGCGAACCUCAAUCCGUUUGCGUAUCUCUCACCUUAAUCAAAACGGCAUAUAUUUGUAAUGUUUGCAUGGAAGUAUCUGAAAGCAUGGAGGAUUUUGAGGAUCACUGGUUAAAACAUAGCACAGCUACUGUCUACUUUACUUGUACAUAUUGUACAAAAUCAUAUUGCAAUGGUUUGAAUGCUUUCUUAGAACAUGCUAGGAUGCAUCAAGUUAAUGUGAAACAAUAUGUACUGUCUUGUAAAGUAGAUUAUGAAAAUACUGAAUUCAUUUGUAAACACUGUAAUAUUGGGUUUCAGUCUGAGAAAGACUUUAAUGAACAUAAUAUUAUUCAUAAACUAAAUCAAGUACAGAAUUAUAAAGAUGAUCAAGUACAGAAUCAGAAAGAUUCUGUAUUACAUCCGAAGAAGAACCAGAUUUCUGAUCUUUCGACGAUAACAGAAUUAGUUGGUGAAAAACAAAAGGAAGAUAAUACAAGUCAAUUAACAGAACAGAGAAAUGAAGUUCAUCCAGUAUCAACUGAUAAAGAUGAGGAUAGGCAAAAAUUAAUUAAUAUAUUAGAAGGAACGGAUGAUGAUUCUGAACCUGAGUUAACGAUAGAUUGGAUAGAGAUACCAAAAGAAGAAGAUAAAUUAUCAGAAAAAGGAAGAGAUAAAGAAAAACAAACUGCAUUGGAUAAUGAAUUAAAUACAUCUUCCAUUGUACAACGUCCUACAGUUUUAAAAAGUAGUACAGUUAACACAUCUAUAAAAGAUGUAGUGCAAACACCUUCACAAGCAUCUUCUAAAAAUAUUGUUCCAACAUAUUCCCAAACUAAUACUGAAAAUCCAAAAAGAAAUGUUUUGAAAAUUCCAGUGGUAACAAUAGAAGACAAGUCUGAAAUUUCAAAACAGCCAGAAUGUUUAAACGUGCAAAGUACCGAAAAUAAAAAUGCUUUUGAUUCAACUAAAAGUCAAGAAGAGCCUGUAGCAUUAAAGAAAAAUAGUCCUCCGAGACCAAGACAAGGAUUCUUAAGAGUAAGAUCUCUUGCAGAACUUACAAAUCAGACAAAAUCUGUACAAGCUGAACAGAGUAAAAGUCCAGAACCGUCUAACUUUAUCGUUCUUCACAAUCCUUUAAUCUUCGCAAAAUGUGUUACACCUGCUACUACAUCAGUAAUAACCAACCAACAAUCGAAGCAAACACAAACGCAUGCAAAUCAAGACAAAAGUUUAGGUGAUGUUAUGCAAAAUUCAACAUCAGCGUAUCAUAAAAAUUUACCUGCUUCCAACAUUACUCGAACAGCCUUAGGUACAUCACCUUUUGUUCAGAAAAGUGUAGACGCUUUUACUACAGCAGCAGCAGGUUGUUCAAAAGCACAAAACCAACAAGUAAGAGAUGCAACGCCUCGUUUUACGAGUAUACCUUCAUGUAUAAAUAUCCCAAAUAAUACACGAGGUAUAAAUCCACUUACUUGGUAUCUUCCAUCUCCACAAAUAAUCGCAGCAUCAAAGAAUACUUUUAUUCACAAUGGACAACGUGUAGUUGCAGAAAAAAGAUGUAACGAUGAUAAUUUGAUGACAACAGGCCAAGCUACUACAAUUAACAACAAUCAGAAUUCUAAAGAGUAUCAAACUACUUCACCAAUUAUUUCUUAUCAAUAUCCAUGCUUUGUUGCCACUAAUUCAAAUAAUGGUAAUGAAAUGCAGCAAAAAAGUCAACAGAUGGGGAUUAAUCCUUUAGGUGAGGCUCCUAGCUUUUAUUAUAAAAAUCCUGUUAGUAGUACUGGUGGGAUGUCGAUAGUGAUUAAUCAGACUACAGCUGCUGUGCAAAAUGUGCCCACAAUAAAUGUUUUGCGACAGGAACAGCAACAUGGGGAAGGCACAACAAUUUUGGACCAUUCGUAUGCACAACAAACACAGGAUCUAAGUAAUUUUUCGGCAUCAAAUAAUGUUUAUCAAAUGGUAAAUGAACAAGAAAUACCAAACGUAGAAACUAGUGCUUCUUAUAAAGUUAAUCUACAACCACAAAUACUGAUUUGUGUUUAUUGUCCAAAAACUGUUUAUUUUUCAUCUAUUGAACUGCUUGAAUUACAUAUGAAUAUGAAUCACAAUUUCGUAUGUAAUACUUGUGGUCUACGUUUGUACAGUUUUGAUAAACUAAACAUUCAUAAAUUGAAGCACAAUUUUAUUUGAGAAACACAUAUUUUUCAGUGAAAUGUAAGCGUUAUUUACAUUAAAUUAGAUCUAAGAUUAAGUACUAUGGACAUAUGCAAAUGAUGUUAUUAUCAAACACCUUUGUAUAUUAAACUUUCACAGAAACCUCUACAGUAUAGAUUAUGAUAGAUCUAGUAAGGUAUUGAAUAUUUUAUUUUAAACAUUAGUUAGAAUAUGCACUUCAUAUUCUUUGUAUAUCAACAUUAUACAUAUACAGGGUGUCCCGCGACUCAUGGUCAACCGAUUAGGGGGCGAUUCUACAUGUAAAAAUAAGUCGAAAAGAAAGAAUAAAAUUUUUACAUGUAGAAUCACCUCCUAAUCGGUUGACCAUGAGUCGCGGGACACCCUGUAUACCUAUAUACAAAUUGAUACAUGCAAUUAUAUCUAAUACCAGAUUACUCCUGGCAUUUUUAAAUGUGUUAAUGUUAUCUUUUUUUCAAAAGAAAAUGUUAUUCCUCCUCGUUUGUCUUAAAUGUUACAUCUAAGUUAUUGUAUAAGAUUAAAAUUUUUAAUAGCUUUUAAUUUGAAAUAGAUUGUGUAUGAAGAACACUUGAUUUCUAUUGUACCAUGACAUCGGAAACCAAUUUUGAACAAUGUAUUACCCAACACAACAGAACAUCUGAAAGUGCAAGUGUUGUUAUUUUUAUAACUCUAAAAGAUUUUUAACUGUAAGAAUUAUUAUAUUAUUGUAUACUCCCAAAGCGAAUAUGUUAUGAAUUGCUAAAUAAGAGUGUCAAGGAAGAGACGUUAUGGAAGGAAAUAAAAAAAUCAUAUGAACGCGAAUGACAAUGCGUAUGCUUGUCUUCUUUAUUCGGCACUUUGAGCAUUUUAUCUUGUUCUCGUUUGUAUCUUUUACAAUAAUCAUUGUUUUAAUUAUCGCAAUCGAUAGAAAUGUAUUUAAUAGGGGUGUACAUCACCCCGUAGGCUACUCAAUUUUCAAUCUGUUAUAUCUCGAAAACCGAGCUUUAGAUUGAAAAAUGGUAAAAGACUUUUCGAUUCAUUUUAUAAAUGUUAUUUAUUCUGCUUUUGUUGUGACUACGACUUGCGGCUGACGUUUCAGCUUAUUAAGUAUUAUGCCAUUGGUUGCUAAUGUACGAUUGUAUGCAAUUCAGGCUACCCUUAAAAACAGUAGUGUUCCAUCAUUAUUGACUAUAUUUACCCUCGUUCUUGAAUACAAAUGGUGAAAGGCUUCUCCCUCAAUCUUUCACCUUCGUAUGGAUAACCGGUUGCCGAAGUUCUCGUUGAUGUUUUAAUAGUUAUUAUUUUUUGAAUAAAUUGUUACGUUUGGAAAACGUGAAAAUCAUCAAAGAAUGAAAAUCAGAACAAUUUUCACUUAACGGUUAAUUAAGAGAAGCUUAAAUUGCACCUGAGCGAUUCAACAAAGAAAGGGAGAAACAUAAUCUUCCAGACGUUCGACUUCCGUUUUGAAGUAUUCAAUUUCAUACAUAGUAUAUAUUAUCUACUUUUAAGAAAAACGUUUAUAUGACCCUAUUAUACAUGUCGAUUAUAUUAUAAAAAAAAAAAA